AUUGUCCAGGUGAUGGACUCGGCCAUGCCUCUGAUCGGGGAUCACCAACAGGAAGAUAAGCAACUGAUCGCUGAUGUAGUUGUGGCUAAGAUGAGCCAAGUGAUACCCAGGACUCCUGUCCCAUCCCCGGUCAGGCCCCCAGUCGCCCAGGAAACACAGAUGGUACCUCACCCGAUGCCAGCUCAGUCUCUCCCCAGGCCGGGGUCUGGGCUCCAGCAGGGACCUCUCCCCCAGCAACGGCCACCCCCUCAAGGGGGUCCCCAGCAGCCGCCUGGACACGGGGUCCAACGCCAAGGCCCACCCUCGCACUCCAGGCCUCCUCCUCAGGGCCAGCAGAUCCAGGGCCUGUGCCCUCAGCCCAGCAGCCCCUCCAGUCAACAGAGGGCGAUGGUGAGCCCCACAGCCCAGGGUCCCGGCCCCUCUCAGCGCCAACCCAGCCCCGUGGGUCACCCGGCCCAGAGGCCUGGAGGCGGUGGUCACGCCUCACCUCAGCACCAACGCCAACCAGGCCCAGGGGCCUCUCGACAGACCUCACCCGGGCCUCAGCAGCAGGCUAAAGGCCCAGGGCCGUCUCCGGGCCAGCCUCACCGUCAAGCUGGGCCUGGAGGCCCUCCAUCGCAGCAGCAGCAGCCCCCCCGCCCCCCAGGCCAAGGAGGGCCCCAACGCCAAGGUGGGCCUCAGCAGAGAGGGCCGACGGGCCAGCAGCAGCAAGCUAGGCAGCUGCCUCCCACCACCCAACAGCCUCGUCCAGCAGCCCAAGGCCAGGGACAAGCCCCGGUGGGUCCUGGCCAGCAGCAGGGGCGACCACCCAUUCAGCAGAAGCCCCCGACUCUACCGAAGACCCCACAGCAGGACGCUCCGGCCCCUCAUCCGCAAAUGAACAAAUCCCAGUCUCUGACAAAUACCUUCAACAUUCCAGACACGCUGCUAACCCGUACAAGCCUUAGUAACGAUGAAGUCAAGGCUGAAACAGUUCGGAACCUGAGAAAGUCCUUCGCUAGUCUCUUCUCUGACUGAGAGAGAGCGUUCUCUCUCUCUCUCUCUCUUCCGCUCGCUCCCUCCAUCGCCGUUCCUCAAUCUUCUCCGUCUCUCCCCCCUCACUCCUGCUCCCUAUACCUCCCCUUCCUGCCUGCACGCUCUCCCUCUCCGCCUGUGCACCCCCUCCUCAACUGUCUCCCCCAUCGUUACGCACCCUCAAUCUCUCCCUCUAUCUCUCCCCCAUCGUUACGCACCCUCAAUCUCUCCCUCUAUCUCUCCCCCAUCGUUACGCACCCUCAAUCUCUCCCUCUAU